AUGAGGAUACACCAACAAACUCACACCGGGGAGAAACCAUAUAAAUGCAUGGAGUGUGGAAAGAGCUUCACUCGUAAUGGAGAAUUUAGAAUACAUCAACGAACUCACACUGGGGAGAAACCAUUUAAAUGUAUUGAAUGUGGAAAGAGCUUCAGUCAAAGUGGAAAACUUAGAAUACAUCAACGAACUCACACAGGGCAGAAACCAUUUAAAUGUAUUGAAUGUGGAAAGAACUUCAGUCAAAGUGGAAACCUUAGAAUACAUCAACGAACUCACACCAGGGAGAAACCAUAUAAAUGCAUUGAAUGUGGAAAGAGCUUCAGUCAAAGUGGAAACCUUAGAAUACAUCAACGAGCUCACACCGGGGAGAAACCAUAUAAAUGCAUUGAAUGUGGAAAGAGCUUCAGUCAUAGUGAAGACCUUAGAAUACAUCAACAAACUCACACGAGGGAGAAAUCAUUUAAAUGUAUUGAAUGUGGAAAGAGCUUGAGUUCUAGUGGAGCCCUUAGAAUACAUCAACGAACUCACACAGGGGAGAAACCAUUUAAAUGUAUUGAAUGUGGAAAGAGCUUCAGUCAAAGUGGAAAACUUAGAAUACAUCAACGAACUCACACGGGGCAGAAUCCAUUUAAAUGUAUUGAAUGUGGAAAGAGCUUCAGUCAAAGUGGAAACCUUAGAAUACAUCAACGAACUCACACCGGGGAGAAACCAUAUAAAUGCAUUGAAUGUGGAAAGAGCUUCACUCGUAAUGGAGAAUUUAGAAUACAUCAACGAACUCACACUGGGGAGAAACCAUUUAAAUGUAUUGAAUGUGGAAAGAGCUUCAGUCAAAGUGGAAACCUUAGAAUACAUCAACGAUCUCACACCGGGGAGAAACCAUAUAAAUGCAUUGAAUGUGGAAAGAGCUUCAGUCAUAGUGAAGACCUUACAAUACAUCAACAAACUCACACGAGGGAGAAAUCAUUUAAAUGUAUUGAAUGUGGAAAGAGCUUGAGUUCUAGUGGAGCCCUUAGAAUACAUCAACGAACUCACACUGGGGAGAAACCAUUUAAAUGUAUUGAAUGUGGAAAGAACUUCAGUGAAAAUGGAACACUUAGAAUACACCAACGAACUCACACGGGGGAGAAACCAUUUAAAUGUAUUGAAUGUGGAAAGAGCUUCACUAGUAGUGGAGAAUUUAGAAUACAUCAACGAACUCACACUGGGGAGAAACCAUUUAAAUGCAUUGAAUGUGGAAAGAGCUUCUGUCGAAAUGGAGUCCUUAGAAUACAUCAACGAACUCACACAGGGGAGAAACCAUUUAAAUGUAUUGAAUGUGGAAAGGUUUUCAGUGAAAAUGGACACCUCAGAAGACAUCAACGAACUCACACAGGGGAGAAACCAUUUGAAUGUAUUGAAUGUGGAAAGGUCUUCAGUGAAAAUGGAGCACUUAGAAGACACCAAAAAACUCACACGGGGGAGAAACCGUUUAAAUGUAUUGAAUGUGGAAAGAGCUUCAGUCAAAGUGGAAAACUGAGAAUACAUCAACGAACUCACACGGGGAGAAACCAUUUAAUUGUAUGGAGUGUUGGAAGAGCUUCAGUCAAAGUGGAGGCUUUAGGAAACAUCAACUAA